AAAAGGUAAAAGACAUGUUAUGCAACCCCGAUACAAUAGUAUAAUUAUGGUUGUCUAAGUUUGACGUUUGCGCAGAAUAAUGACAUUUCGUUUUUCCGUAAAUUUUGUUAUUAAAUGUAAAUGGGUCUGUGAAAAAGCGAAUAAAUCCUCCUGAAUACCGUGUAAACCUUCUGUUAAAAUGGUAGAUUGCGAAAAAGAGGAGGCACGUAACUUGCAAAGGGAAUUCGAAUGGGUCUUAAAACAAGAAAUACACAUUGGAUUAGAGCAAAUACAUAAAAUUUUAGUGGAAUGUGCAAAAAAAUUUCCUGUACAGCUAUAUGGGAAUGAUAACUCGCUGAAAAAGGACAAAUUUGUUCUUUCAGUAACUCCUGAAAAUUUAAAAUGCAUUGUUACGCUUACAGGAGACAGUAUCACCCAUGCAGACAUAAAUUUUAAAGUAACCAGACAAACUACAACAACAAUUGUUCGUACAUCAAUACAAAACGAUUUUCCAUGGAAAUUGCAGCAGGUCCAAGAUGCAGCUAAUCAUUUACAACAAGCCAUAUAUCACAUUGAUGACGUAGGAAAAAAUUACAAAUUCAAAUCUUCAGACGAAGUUCUCCAUAUCCUUGGAGAAAUUUUGGGGAGUCUCCAAAGAGGCAGGACCAGUCUUAUAGUUCCUAGAAAAAAAGCAAUUGAUGACUUGAUGAAAAGCAGAAACAUGAAAUCCUUGUCGCCCAACUUGGCGGAGGACUUGGCGAUCAGUUUCUACAUUCAAAGUCACAAGUUGAUUUUCGCAAUCUACCAGUUAACCAAUCAGCACGGCACGAUGCAGUACGAGUCCAGUCACGCCGAAUGUUCGGUGCCGUGGUUGAACGAAGUUUUGGUGUUCUUCACCGUCAGCUUACAGCUGUGCCAGCAACUCAAAGAUAAGGUAAAUGGGUUUAAGAGUCCAGAGAUAUUUGAUCCAAAGAUUUAGGAAAACUAUAGAUUUUAAGAUUGAAGUCAUUUUUUGAUGAUUUAUUAACUAAUUUAUUUUUUCAGAUUUACGUUUUUUCACAGUAUAAAGAUUUUACUGUCGGUUCGCGAUCGGUAAGUCCCUAUCCCACAUAAUAAUCUCAAAAAUCUGUGGAUUUUUCGAAACUUUGUAGAUAAUUAAUAAUUAUGAUAUUGUCAAUUUAUAUAUCGCUGUAUAUAAAAUAGGAAAUAAUUUUAUCGUUUAUAGACCAUCGACUUUUUUAAUUGUUUAAGAAAUAUAUUAUUUAUU